CAAACUCGCUGCGAGCUAAAUAAUCUGCUCCGUGGAGAUCCGCGAUGCUCCGACGCUGCUGGAAAUGCCUCAGACGGUGAAGCAGGAAAGUUUCCGCGGUCAAAAAGUUGUCGGAGACGCUUCGAGAUGAGCCGCAGCAAGUGACCCGUCGCUGUGGUGAGCUCGGUUUUGCAGGUUGUUCGUCUUUUGAAGCUCAAAACUUCAGACAGCGAAGCGACGUCUGCUGCCACUAGCUGCUACCGCGUUAGCACAGCCGGCUAGGUAAAUAUCACAGCCGCCUUUCGGGAGUGUUUCUCUCUCUCUCUUUCCCUCCUUCAUCACCUGCGUCCACGUCGUCAAAAACACACACCAGCCGCGGCGGGUGCUGCUUCGCCUCUUGUGCCGUCGUUUUAUGAACAUUAUCGCAAAACGAGAUGGUUUGUGCGACGCUACGCGAAGAGCUAAGUGGCUAUCUGUAACCGAGGCUAGCUGACAUUGGCUAUCGUUGCCAGCAACUUUUCGGCAGGAGAGUUUUUCGGCGAGCUAACCCCGGCGACAAUCCCCCCCCUCUCUGCUGCCCGGAGCAGUCAGCCCGCAGUCAUGUUCGAGAUGGAGACGCAUAUAUCGUGCCUUUUCCCGGAGAUCCUGGCCAUUAUUUUCAGCUAUCUGGACGUGAAAGACAAAGGGAGAGUCGCCCAAGUGUGCGCGGCCUGGAGGGACGCGUCCUACCACAAGUCUGUGUGGAGGGGGGUCGAAGCCAAGCUGCAUCUGCGGAGAGCCAACCCGUCUCUGUUCCCCAGCCUGCAGACCAGGGGCAUCAAGAAAGUCCAGAUCCUCAGCCUCAGGCGCAGUCUGAGCUACGUGAUUCAGGGGAUGCCGCACAUCGAAAGCCUCAACCUGUGCGGCUGCUUCAACCUCACAGACAACGGACUCGGACAUGCCUUUGUGCAGGACAUCCCGUCCCUGCGGGUGCUGAACCUCAGCCUUUGUAAACAGAUCACCGACUCCAGCCUGGGUAGGAUUGCCCAGUACCUCAAAAACCUGGAGGUGCUUGAACUCGGGGGGUGCAGCAAUAUCACAAACACGGGCUUGCUGCUCAUCGCCUGGGGCUUGCACAGACUCAAGAGCCUUAACCUGCGCAGCUGCAGGCAUGUGUCCGACGUGGGCAUCGGUCACCUGUCCGGGAUGACCCGCAGCGCCGCGGAGGGCUGUCUGUCCCUGGAGAAGCUGACUCUGCAGGACUGCCAGAAGCUGACCGACCUGUCCCUCAAACACGUCUCGAAGGGCCUGAACAAGCUCAAAGUGCUCAACCUCAGCUUCUGCGGAGGGAUUUCAGACGCGGGGAUGAUCCACCUGUCGCACAUGACCCACCUGUGCAGCCUCAACCUGCGCUCGUGUGACAACAUCAGCGACACGGGGAUAAUGCAUCUGGCCAUGGGCUCCCUCCGGCUGUCUGGACUUGACGUCUCCUUCUGUGACAAGAUUGGAGACCAGAGCCUGGCGUACAUCGCCCAGGGGCUGUAUCAGCUCAAGUCCCUGUCCCUGUGCUCCUGCCACAUCAGCGAUGAUGGCAUCAACAGGAUGGUGCGCCAGAUGCACGAACUCAAGACCCUCAACAUCGGACAGUGUGUGAGGAUCACGGACAAAGGGUUGGAGUUGAUCGCGGACCACCUGACCCAGCUGACGGGGAUCGAUCUGUACGGUUGUACCAAGAUCACCAAGAGGGGUCUGGAGAGGAUAACGCAGCUCCCGUGCCUUAAAGUGUUAAACCUGGGACUGUGGCAGAUGACUGAGAGUGAGAGAGUGAGGUGAAGGCUCUCUGCUGUUCAGUGUCCGUGUGUUUCAUUGUGUAUAGUUGUACUGAGAGGGGGGGGACUGCCUGUGUCCAGAUUCUUAAUUUUACCUUCUAUACUGUGACUAAAAACAAGGAGAGACUCCGUAUUGAUCACUGGAAUAUUGUUCACCUCCGCUGCAAUACUCCACUCUUACUCACAUGUUUGUUUCAGUCUCUCUCUCUCUCCCGCUCUCUUCUUUUUCUGGAUGUGCAUUGUUUAAUCUCAGCCUGUGUACAGUUCUGACUCUCUAGCUACCUCACCCAUCAACACACAGGAGUGCCUACUAUCGCUUAAUACUAGAUUACAUUGCAUAUUUUUGUGACUCAUAUACCGAAUGGAGAUUUUUGAUAUUUUAAUAAAAGAAGAGAUCUCAUUGCAGAAUAAAUAGUUUAGGCAUUUUAACUCUUAACAGAAAGGCUGGAGUUCCUUGUAUUGAAGUUUUGAUAGAAUGUUUUUUUUUUGGUUGUUUUUACUUAUGUAACCAAUAUUUUUUUUGUAUUGAAUGACUGUUGUUGACAAAAUUGUACUUCAAAUUGAAGUGGGUGGAUCACUCCUGUCUGUCUUUUGUUUACCUAAUGUAUAGUUGGCUAUGUUUUCAUAUUCCUGAGGAAAUGAGUAUGUAUCAGAUGUUCCAGUAUGCUACUCUUGUCGAAGGUUCAUCAACACAACUACAGUAAGGCGUAGUAAUUAACCGCUGCCAAGGCUAUAUGCAAUACUUUAAAACUGUUUAUCAGUGGUUUUUCUCCUGAGGAGCUUCCAACGAUAGAGUAUUUGUUUAAAAAAGCAGUAAUUUAAGAUUGUUUUAUAUUCAUACAGUAGUGAUAUUUAUGAAUAAAGAUGGCAAUUAUGUUUCA